AAACAAUAUGGCGGUGUAGUGGUAGAUUUUAAACUGAUACAUACAUAGAAUAACGGUUUCUGGUUCAAUGCAUCAACGUAUUCGGAAAACAACAACAUGGCAUCAGAUGAUGAGGGACUAGUGAAAGGGGUUGGAUUUCCAGAUACAGAUGCAUCCCACCAAAGUGAAGAUUUUCCAAGGUUUAAUCAGGACAACUCAUUUCACUUCCACUAUGGUCAGGGUGGAAAGCGUGACAUGUCAUACUCACCAGAAGCCUCUCGGGAAUGGAAGAACAUGAGCAUGUCUCCUGGCCCAGAUGAUGCUGGCAGACUUCGCAUUGAAAACAAUCACCUGAAGUUACAGAUAAAGCAGCUUACAUCAGACCUUCAGACUGAGCAGGAUACUGUUUCCAAUUUAAGAAAAAGGCUCAAUACAGUUGAAAGAGAUAGGCUUGAAGCAGCUACAAAGGCCAAUAAAGAGGUCUCUGAGUUGGAGAGCCAGAUAGCUCGUUUACGGGCUACGUUAGAGAAGGGAGAGGCAAGCAAGGCCAACAUAGAGUUUGAGCUGACAAGGGCCAAGCGUGAUCUUGCUCAGCAGAAACACAACUCUGCCGGAAGAGAGUCAUCCUUGGAGGAAGCUAAUGCUGAACUGAAGCAGAGGUUGUCAGAUUAUGGGGAUGAGAUUCGUCGGCUUGAAGAGAGUGUGCAGCAGGCUCGCGACUCAGCCGGUGACUCGGAGAGGCAGCUGAGGCAUGACCUUGAACAGAAGGAGCAGGAGAUGUCACGGAGUGUGUCAGAGAGGGAGAGUCUGGAGACAGAGAGAGAGAAGCUUAGUGACACUCUCCAGCAGAGAGACAGGACAAUUUCCGGGCUUAAUGAAAAACUACAAGAUAUAGAAAAUGAGCGUAAGCACCUGAGUGACAAUGUACGGCGAACAAACACGGAGUUGGACUAUAGUCGAGAGAGAGAGGAACGCCUCAAAAAGGACCUUGAGUCAGCUCUACAAAGAUUGCGGUCCAUUGAAGAAAGCAUUGAAUCUGAGAGGGCUGCUCAUCUGGAGACCAAGUUCAACUCAGAAAUUGUGCAGUUGCGUGUGCGUGACUUGGAGGGAGCCCUGGAUGUGGAGAAGUCUGCCAAUGGGGAAGCAAACAAGGCCAUAGACAGACUCUCCAAGCAAAUCAAGGAGCUGGAAACACAAUAUGAAGAUGAAAGAAAAACAAACAAGCAGCUCUCAGAGAAACUCUCCAGACUGGAAAAGGAGCACAGCAGUGUACGGCGUCAGCUCACUGCCGAGGUGGAGACGAAGAAGACCACGAUUGGAAAUCUGUCCAAGGAGCUAGAGGUGCACCAGAAAAACUUCAUCGAACUUAAGGAAGAACUCUCCAAGGCCCGGAAGCGUCAGAUCUAUCUGGAGGAGACGUAUGGAGGGAGCAUGCGGGAGCUGGAACUGCUGCUACAGAACUUCCAGAUCUCCGAGGACCCCCGACCAGCCAAGAAACACUCCACUGCCAGGGGAAAGGAAAAGGGCAGCAAGUCACCUGCACCGUCCAUUGUGCUGGAGAACCUGCGCCUCACGCUCUCCGACUACAGAAAGAGGCUCGACCAGACUUCUGAGGAGUUGACCAAGAUGAAGAAGUCUAGUGGGUCGCUGUCAAAGGAGGUAGAGCAGUGUAAGGAGAUGAUUUGGGCGAAGGACAAGGCCCUCGAGGACGCUCAGAAGGCGUACACCCGGACCGCCAAGGAGCUGAACCGGAUUCGCUCAGAAUACGGGGAGCUGGAAACACUCCUGACACGCCUGAAGGUGGACAUGCAGAGCACAGCCACAAACCAGAGCAAGGACCGUACACGUAUACAGGAACUCUCCGAGGAGAUAAUGAAGCUAGUAAAGAAGCACAAAACAGAUGAAGAGGAAAAACUUGCAUUCCUGCACGGCCUGUACCAGCGUUUGUUGUCGGGCCGUAUUGUGGUACCUAGCAAGGAGAAGACAUUCAAUCAGUUCUCGUGGCAUGAUCUCACCAACAUGGUGUACGACCAAGUAGCCACCCUUCUCAACAACCUUCAGAACGCUGAGGAAAAGGAAAUGCUAAGCAUUCAAAGAAACAUAGAGUUACGGAUGAAGAUAUCCCACCUGGAAGACGGUCUGCGUUCACGGGAGGAGGGGCUAAAGGAGGAGCACUCGAGUCACGAGGACCAGCUCACCAAACUCUCCAGCCUGACGAAGGAGCGGGAGAUGGCCUGGCACAAACAGAAGCAGGAGAUGGAGGACCACUACCAGCAACUCCUUUCUGAGAUGCAGACACGCAUCAAGAAGAGUCAGAGUGUCGCAGAUCAGGCAUGGGAGAAGAUCCGGAUGACGGGCAGCGUGCAGCAGGGGCUGGAGUCAGAGUGUACAGAUCUGCAGGCCAAACUGACUGAGACCCGGCGAGAGCACUCUGCCCUCCUUGCCUCCUGCUCACUGCUUAUUGGAGCCUUCUACCCUCUGUGUGCUCGAAGCAACUCACUGGCCCUGCAGCGACGCAUCAUGGAGGACCAACUCAACAACUGGGACGUUUGCAGGGAGCGGGUGGAGCUGCUUGUGCACACCCUCACAACAGAGAUGAACAAGGCCAGCGGUAAGGUGAAGGAGAGUCAUAUUCCAAGGAGGAACCCACUCAUGAUCUUCAGGAUGGGUGCUGUUGCUGUUCUCGCUGCUAACAGACUUAGGCGUCUUGGAGAGGGCUGCACAAGAACUUUUGUGACACAUGACUCUGCCACAGGUCAGAACAAUAUACUGGUGUGCACAGGAGGAACUGAUGUCCCUGUUAGAGACACAGAUGAGGAUGACUACAUGGGGUCGGGCUUGCCAGGUGAAUCUGGGCUGCUUGCAUGGCUGACGAGCUCCGAAUUGCUGCACACUCUCACCUCCAGUACCAGCGAGCUCCUUGAGACAGUAGCACAGGUCAAGGCCAAGGACAGGAAAAUUGGUUCGGUUGAAACCCGUGCUGUUGUGAAUGCGGCGAGGAACUCAUUCACUCGUCUUUUUGAUCGUCUCGGCCGGUACUAUGAGGGUGUGUCCAUGAGGCCGGAUGUGGGGUUCCGGGAGAGAAACUCGCUAGUCAGGCUGCUGGGGCGAGGCCUCAACAGGGCCCUCAGGGACCGAGCACCAGAUGAGCUUGGGACUUCCUCCCCGCAGGAGCUGAUGAUCUCCCUACAGACACACAUCCUGGAGUUCACUCAGCGAUUGCAUAGUGUGGAGGUUGAGAGGCGUGGCUUACUGCAGGAGGUGGGCCGCCUCCAGGAGGAGAUUGACAGGCUUGGACCAGAGAAGGAAGAGCUACUGUCUGAGGGGGCCGACAUUGCUGUCACACAACAGGGCAACAAGUAUGUUCCAAUGGAGAAAUUUGAGAGCGUGUGUGUUGAGCUGAACAACGCUUUGAAGCGGGAGGAGCAGGCCCAGCAGCUGUUGCAGGAACAGAGUCGGCAGAUGGAGGAGCUCUCGUCGCGCCUAGACAUUUUUUCAUCCGAGGGCAUGGAGAAGGAACACACCUUAUCAGAGGCCAUACAGGGUUUGGCAGAAACAAAGCUGGAGCUGCGGCGUAAGGAGCAGACUGUCCGUCAAGUGAACAAGCAGCUGGCCACACUUGAGGGGGAACGCGAGUCCCUUGAUAACAACCUGCACGAUGCAGAAAAGGCACUCAGGACUGUCGCCAAAGAUAAAGAGAUCCUGACCAAUUAUAUACAAACAGUGGAAGCAGCAUUAAAUAAGGUGAAGCAGGAUGUUGGCACAAAGUCAGGGAGAGACGUAUCACUGUCAAAGGUCCUCCUUAACGCUGACUUUAUACCUAAUGACGUUGGCAAGGCUGGGCCGGAACUCAUUGCCUGCCAGAACCUGGUUGGAGCAUUUGUGGACACACAGCAGUACCUGAUUUCUCGUGUACGAGCUAUGGAAGAAGAAAUGGCUGAUGGCCGACGUCACGUCAACCUCCUUAAGCAAGAACUUUCAGAUGCUGUCCGACGUGAACAUGAACAGUUUGAGUUUUCGCCACCCACCAAGGACCGGUAUGGGGGUCAGCGAGUGGUCGAGGAGGAUCGACUGAUGGAUGCUGACUACACACAGCGAGACUUCAUGCCUCUCAGGGAAGACUCAGAGAUGUCAUUCAACGUAAGCCGGAAGUCACGGUCAUCACCAAAGAAGGGAGAUAGUUAUUAUGAAGCACAGUAUAGAUAAUUAAGAGAAAGUCAGGCCAGUUCUCAACCCCACACCGGUCCACCCGGAGUGCUGCCAAGCUACGUGCUGCACAGAGAUAGUAACAACAGUUACCAUGCCAACCACAGCAUUCACUACUCAGUCUAUGUCACACUGUCUCGUCUCACUCUCUAAUGUAUGUGCCUGUCGAUGUUAAUAUUGUAUCAUAAAACUAUUUUUUCUCCAUAAACUGUCCAAGAUGGAUCUGUAUUGUUAUUCAUAUAACUAAUCAAAUAUAAAACUUUAACACAAGUAUGACGGUGCUAUUCCCUAGAAAUAUUGAAUAAUUUAACGAGUAUGAAAAUAUAAAAAAAUGUUAUAUUACAAAAUUGAUAUUAAUAACUUUCAUAGCAUUCAUAUUAAUGUUAAUAUAAGAAAAAUAUCUGCUGUUGAUUUUUCCUCAUAAAAAUUCUAGCCUUAUUUAUAAUAACAAACAAGAAAUACUUCUGUAUGUUAUAGCUGUACUACAUGUAUAUUUUAUACACAGGUUAUAUAUUGUACUAUAAAUAAGUAUUUAUAAGCUUAGCUGUGAUCAGAUAGUUCCUGAGUUACCUAAUUUGUCCAUGUUUAAAAGGGCACUUGCCAGGUUGCGAUACAUGUCUUUUAACAAUAAAGCAUUUUUAACUGAAGGUGCCCAUCACAUUGAUUGGAUAGUAAAUAUAAGUUUUACUCGAAAAAUGCUAUUAUUUUGAUUAAAUAAUCAUUUGAUAUUUUCAACUUGAUAUAAUGGUUUGUUUUUUAGUAAAACCGAAAUUUACCAUACAAUUAGUGUUAGGGACACCCUUUCUCAGCAUGUGAGUGUUAUAAUACUGGUGGUUUCCUCAGUUAAUAUGACGAUUGUUAUACUUGUGUGCCAUUUGUAAACAUGAUUGUCCUGUCAUGACAAGUCUCAUUUCUGCUCAUUUGUGUUACCAUUAGAAAAUUGAAAAUUAUACACGACAAUUAUACAUUAAAGUUCCCUUCAUUUUGUUAAUUCUCAGAUAUUCUGGUGUUUACAUCUGUAUAUCAACAUUCUUUUACAUAGUUGAAUAAACUUCUGGUUAAAUAUUUUUUGAAUACUAGUAUAAGGUUCAAACAUCCAAUGUGUAUUAUUUCAUUUCUUGUUUGCUUACCUACAUAACCCCAAGACAAACUGGUGUUUAAGGGAAUUUCAUCCAAUUCACUGGUCAUGUAUUACAUUACUUAGUAUUUUCAAUUUUUGCAGUGACAAUUAACAGGGUUUAAUGGUUGUCUAACUAACAAUUUGAGAUUACUGUUUAGAAUAGUUGUGCAGGAAAGCUUAUGCAUAUCCAGUAUUUAUGUGAAAUUAUUAUGUUUGAACUUGUUUGAAAAUGAUCUGACCUGAACUGUUGACCUAUAAUUGUCUUACAAGUAAAAUGUCAAUUGAUAAGCAUUUACGCUUUUGUCCAUUAGUUGUUAAGGCAGCGCUAACAACUGGUCCUGUUAAUGCUUACCAACCAUGUAAGUUCAGCACUGGUAGUAAACAGAUUAAACAAGGCUGCCUUGGUGAAUCCCAGUAGCCCUCCCAUGUACAAGUCUACAUCCCCAUCUGCCUGACAGUCCGACAUGCUGGGAAAAUGCAUUUACAAUAAAUACUGUUUUGUUUUUGAUUGCAUUCUAAUUUUAUAUCAAUAUUUAUAAUAAAUG